GCUGUGGCGUGCGUGUGUGUUUUAGUGCGUUUCUGUGUUGUUGAGGAAUGGGUGAAACGAAGAGAGGCACAGUCCGGGUCGCAGCCCGUAGCUUCUCAGCCGGUUUUACUGUUUUGUAGCCGACGUUCAUUGGAACUGGAAGAACUACCCCACCAGCAGUGAACUUUUUAACAGGUUGUGAGUUAUGACGUCGCCAGAAGGGAAAUAUGCAGACACUGCGCAGGACCCUCUGCUAAUUCAGGAGAGUGAGGAAGUGUACAGAAACCCCACCGAAGUGAAGAUGAGUCAGAUCGUGCUGCCAUGCCAUGCCAACCACUGUGGUGAGCUGAGCAUUGGACAGCUGCUGAAGUGGAUGGACUCCACAGCCUGCUUGUCUGCUGAGAGACACGCAGGUUGUUCCUGUAUCACUGCAUCUGUGGAUGACAUCCAUUUUGAACACACCAUAGGGGUGGGAAAGGUAGUCAACAUCAUAGCAAAUGUCAACAGAGCCUUCACGAGUAGCAUGGAGGUGGGUAUAUUGGUUACUUGUGAGGACCUUUACACUGACAGGCAGUGGAAGGUUUGCCAUGCCUUUGCUACCUUUGUUGCCAGACGAACUGAAUCUGGGAAGGUACAGCUGAAGCAGGUGAUUCCUCGCACACAAAUGGAGCAGAUGGAGUACAGCCUGGCGGCAGAGCGGAGGAGGAUGAGGCUCAUCCAUGCUGAGAUCAUUACAGACCUACUGAACAGCAGCGCAGCUCAACUGGGUGAAUGCCAGGAGUAUCAGGAUGCUGUGCCUGCCGAGCGGACACGAGUGGAGAGUGUGGAGCUGGUGCUACCGCCACAUGCCAACCACCAAGUCAGCACCUUUGGAGGCCAGAUCAUGGCCUGGAUGGAGAAUGUGGCUACAAUCGCAGCAAGUCGCUUGUGUAACGCUCACCCCACCCUGAGGACCAUCGACAUGUUCCACUUUCGUGGCCCGUCUCACAUUGGUGACCGACUGGUGCUGAAAGCCAUUGUUAACAAUUCCUUCAAACACAGCAUGGAGGUGGGAGUAUGUGCCGAGGCCUACAAGGGUGGAGAACCUCUGCGCCAUAUAAAUAGUGCUUUUAUGACCUUUGAGGUGCUGGACAGUGCCCGGAAACCAUGCACGCUGCCACGGAUACGACCUGAGCCUGUGGAUGGAAAAAGACGUUUUCAAGAAGCUAUUGCCAGAAAGAAGAUUCGACUUGAUAGGAAAUACAUUAUCUCCUGCAAGCAGACUGAAGUGCCUCUGUCUGUACCCUGGGAUCCAAGUAACCAGAUGUACCUCAGCUACAAUAAUGUAUCAGCGCUGAAACUAAUGGAUACCAGAAACAACUGGGUAUUAACUUCUGAGAAAAACAAGGUCAGACUGUACACACUGGAGGAAAACCACGUGCUGUGUUUCAAGGUGGAGAUGCACGUUGGCGUACCAGCAGAGCAGACAUUCCACCUACUGUCAGACCUGAGGAGGAGAAAGGAGUGGGACCGGCACUAUGAGGAGUGUGAGGUGAUCAACCAAGCGGAUAAGGAUGACACCCUUUAUCACAUAGCUACACCGUCUGUCAGUAAAGGGGGCAAAGGCCAGGACUUCAUCUUGCUGGCAUCUAGAAGGAAGCCAUGUGAUGCCAGGGACCCAUAUCUGAUCGCUCUGCGCUCUGUCACUUUGCCCACUCACCCUCCCACUGAGGCCUACACCAGGGGAGAGGUGCUCUGUGCUGGCUUUACAAUCUGGGAAGAGUCCAGUACUGUCACCAAGAUCACCUACUACAACCAGGCCACGCCGGGUGUCCUGCCCUACAUCUCCACAGACAUCGCUGGCCUGUCUUCCAGCUUUUAUAGCGCUUUUUCUGCCUGUAGCCACUUCCUGGUGGCCAACAAGGACAGCCUGGCAGCUCUGCCACCCUCCGCACUGUGACACAAUAGUGCUGCCAUGGCCUUCCUACAAGAGAAGCAGUAGCAUCAGUAGCAGGGAUUAGGACCAUCUCACUGUCCAUCCCAUUUCACCUUUGCUGUGUGGAGGUGCUGUGCUCUUGACGAAGCACACGUCCCACCCUGAGAUUACAGACGUCUUUGCAAUGGAUUUGUAGUCUUUAAACCUCAGUUCUCACUGUAUGACUUUGUUCAUUCAGAAAAUGAGAGAAAAUCUCUUUGAACAGGGUAAAGAAAUACUGUACAGGUCUUUUUAAGAACUUGCUACAUGUUUUCAGCUAGAUUAAUAGGUAUGAAGCAAGAGUGCACAAUGUUUCACAAUCUCUCUUGGAUUUUAAGCGUUACGUUUUAUUAGAGCCGCUAUAUUAUGGCAAGCCUUCUGUGCAGCAGUAAUUUAUGGAUCAAUGACUCCUCAUCAUCAGCCAUGUUUUUAAUGGUAUUGCCAGUCUUCACAGAAACUAACAUGGAUGAAACUAGUCUAAGCAGAGAUGUUUUGAAUCAGCCUCUUUCGUUAUACUUUAUUUUCUACCUCCUAAUUAAAGUUGAACUAUUUGAUUAAAAUAUAAGUGAGCCAAGAUGUACAUUUAGUGAGUGAUGAUGCUGUUUUUAUUUUGAGACAACGAUGUAUAGUUUAAAACGACAACUCUUGCACUGAUUGUAUAACAUGUUGACGCUCAAUGGCCAAGUAUCCCACAUGGCAAGCUGUUUUCUUGAUUAAACUGAAACAAUAAACACAAAAGACCUA